AUGGACACAGAGACAAGCCUCUAUGUGGGGAACUUGGACGCCCAGGUCGACGACGCCCUCCUCUACGAGCUGUUUCUACAACUGGCGCCCGUCUCCAGCGUGCGAUUGCCGCGGGACCGUGUCUCGGGGACCCAUCAGGGAUUUGCCUUUGUGCGGUUCCCCAGCAGUGCCGACGCCGAGUACGUGCUCAAAGUGGCCGACGGCAUAGUCCUCUAUGGACGUUCCCUCCGUGUUGAUAGAGAACGAAAUGGAAGGAGACAUUGA